AUGGUUGCUGAAAUUUGUGGCAAAGUUCAUGGACUUUUCAGGGGUCCAGGGAAAAUAUUUAAAUUAAAAAGAAAGGUGAGGGUCCUCUCCGGCUCGUCGUCGUCCUCGGCCGAGCGCUUGCUCGUGAGCGCUCGGCCGAGGGAUCCCAGCGGCCUGGACAUCAGAGAAGCCCGGUCGGAAGCGCAGCGCUGCCCUUCGGUGAACGUCCCCAAAACCCGCAGAACUUUCUGCCAAAAGUGCGGCAAGCACCAGCCUCACAAAGUGACGCAGUACAAGAAAGGCAAGGAUUCCUUGUACUCGCAGGGGAAAAGGCCAUACGAUCGGAAGCACAGUGGCUAUGGUGGUCAAACAAAACCAAUUUUCCAGAAAAAGGCAAAGACCACAAAAAAGAUUGUACUGAGGCUUGAAUGUGUGGAACCCAACUGCAGGUCUAAGAGGAUGCUUGCCAUUAAGAGGUGUAAGCAUUUUGAACUGGGAGGAGAUAAGAAGAGAAAGGGCCAAGUGAUCCAGUUCUGAAUUUCAUUGUUUUCGUCUUAUUAGGAAAAAUCCAUUCCAUUCCAUUCCUUGGUUUUGUGUUUUCUGUCUUGGAAAGGAAGAGGCUUGAGUAAAACCAAGUCUUCUACUAUGUGAAGCUUUUCCCAUGUGGGAAAAGUUCUUGAGGAUGUGACUGAGUGUUGUAACUUUACUCAUCUACUUAAUGAGAUUUGUGUCAUGGAGAGAGAGCCCAGCUGGACAUUUCUGGGGGCCUGGGGGCCUUGGUUAUUAGUACUAUGGCUAAAAUAGUUACUGACAGCCUGGAUUCCCAGACAAAUUGGGAGUGGGGAAAUUAAGGAUACAAAGUAAUAAAGAUAGGGAUAGCUAGCCCCUAUUUUAUAGGCUACCAGCAAAUCAGAAGUAAUUAAUUCACCUUCAGGGAUUGCCCU